GCGCCACGGCUUCGCUAGCUGCGGCACCACUAACUGGGUUUGAGCCGCUCUAACCCCUCCCCCAGGAGACUGCCGCAGUCGGCCCGUGUGUGCUCCCCGGGAACCAUGUGUGACCGAAAGGCCGUGAUCAAAAAUGCCGACAUGUCUGAGGAGCUGCAACAGGAGUCGGUGGAGUGCGCUACGCAGGUGUUGGAGAAAUACAACAUCGAGAAGGACAUUGCGGCCCACAUCAAGAAGGAGUUUGACAAGAAGUACAACCCCACCUGGCACUGCAUCGUGUGGAGAAACUUCGGCAGUUAUGUGACACAUGAAACUAAGCACUUCAUCUACUUCUACCUGGGCCAAGUGGCCAUUCUUCUGUUCAAAUCUGGUUAA